UCUCUCUAUAUUUUUCCUUUGUUUCUAAGCAGCUUUAAAGGCACAGUCCCCUCCAUCCCACUCACUCGCCCACUGCAUCUCCUUUUCUGCUCCCCCACUCUCUCUCUCUUAGGGUUGCCGAAGAGCGUUUUUUUUUUUUUUUUUCAUUCGGAGCUGCGGAGGUAUUUCCAGUUCGAGGUCAUUCUUGGGGGCGAGGGGAGUAAUGCAGGAGUAGAAAGGACUCUGGCUUUAUUGAUGUUAGUUUGAGGCACCUUUUGUUAUACCGUGUUGUUAAAGAGGGAGAGUAAAUGAUAAUGGCUUCGCGACGGGGUCACCAGACUCCUCAGUUAACUCGCACCCAAACGGCGGGGAAUCUUGGGGAGUCUAUUUUUGACAGUGAAGUAGUGCCUUCUUCUCUGGUUGAAAUUGCCCCCAUCCUUCGUGUGGCCAAUGAAGUCGAGCCUGCUAAUCCUCGAGUGGCAUAUCUCUGUCGGUUUUAUGCAUUUGAGAAAGCUCAUAGGUUGGAUCCCACUUCAAGUGGACGAGGUGUUCGUCAGUUUAAAACAGCUCUAUUGCAGCGUCUUGAAAGGGAAAAUGAUCCAACGUUAAUGGGAAGAGUGAAAAAAAGUGAUGCCCGUGAGAUGCAGAGUUUCUAUCAGCAUUACUAUAAAAAGUAUAUUCAAGCUUUGCAAAGUGCAGCUGACAAAGCAGAUCGUGCACAGCUGACAAAAGCAUACCAAACGGCUAAUGUUCUCUUUGAGGUUUUGAAAGCAGUUAACCAGACGCAGUCCGUGGAAGUUGACCGUGAGAUUCUGGAAACUCAUGAUAAAGUUGCUGAGAAGACUGAAAUUUAUGUACCCUAUAAUAUUCUUCCUCUAGAUCCUGACAGUGCAAACCAGGCAAUCAUGACGUAUCCAGAGAUUCAAGCUGCUGUACAUGCACUUCGGAAUACUAGGGGUCUUCCUUGGCCGAAGGAUUACAAGAAGAAGAAAGAUGAAGAUAUUCUAGACUGGCUGCAAGCUAUGUUUGGCUUUCAGAAAGAUAGUGUGGCAAAUCAGAGAGAGCAUUUGAUUUUGCUACUUGCUAAUGUACACAUAAGACAAUUUCCAAAGCCUGAUCAGCAACCCAAGUUGGAUGAACGUGCUAUAGAUGAAGUGAUGAAAAAGCUUUUCAAAAACUACAAGAAGUGGUGCAAGUAUUUGGAUCGCAAAAGUAGCCUUUGGCUACCCACCAUACAACAGGAGGUGCAACAGAGGAAAUUAUUAUAUAUGGGCCUGUAUCUUCUGAUAUGGGGAGAAGCUGCAAAUUUAAGAUUCAUGCCAGAGUGUCUUUGCUAUAUCUACCAUCAUAUGGCUUUUGAACUUUAUGGUAUGCUUGCUGGAAAUGUUAGUCCGAUGACUGGUGAAAAUGUGAAGCCUGCUUAUGGAGGAGAGGAAGAGGCGUUCUUAAAAAAAGUUGUCACACCAAUUUAUGAAGUGAUAGCUCGGGAAGCUGCAAGAAGCAAAAUAGCAAAAUCAAAACACUCGCAGUGGAGAAAUUAUGAUGAUUUGAAUGAGUACUUCUGGUCUGUAGACUGUUUUCGAUUAGGUUGGCCCAUGCGUGCAGAUGCUGACUUUUUCUGUAGGACAGUAAAUGAACUUGAUAAUGAAAAGAAUGGGGAAAGGAAACCCACGAGAGACCGAUGGGUGGGGAAAGCUAAUUUUGUAGAGAUUCGAUCAUAUUGGCAUAUCUUUAGAAGCUUUGACAGGAUGUGGAGCUUCUUUAUAUUGUGCUUGCAGGCUAUGAUUAUUCUUGCUUGGAAUGGCGGGCAACCAAGUUCUAUUUUUGAUUCUGAAGUGUUCAUGAAAGUACUAAGCAUCUUUAUAACGGCUGCAAUAUUGAAACUUGGACAAGCUGUACUUGAUGUAAUUCUGAGCUGGAAAGCUAGACGGAGCAUGUCUUUCUAUGUCAAAUUGCGAUAUAUUUUGAAGGUUGUGUCUGCUGCUGCAUGGGUAGUGAUCCUCCCUGUUACCUAUGCAUAUACAUGGGAACAUCCUCCUGGAUUUGCACAAACAAUCAAAAGUUGGUUUGGCAGUAAUUCAAGUGCUCCUUCAUUGUUUAUCUUGGCUGUUGUUAUCUACUUGUCCCCAAACAUGCUUGCUGCCUUCCUUUUCCUUUUUCCCACUGUUCGCCGGUUCCUUGAAAGUUCCAACUAUAAGAUUGUGAUGCUAAUGAUGUGGUGGUCUCAGCCUCAACUUUAUGUUGGAAGGGGAAUGCAUGAAAGCACAUUUUCUCUCUUUAAGUACACAUUAUUCUGGGUGCUCCUUAUGGUUACCAAGUUGGCGUUCAGUUUUUAUAUUGAGAUAAGGCCUCUUGUGGGUCCAACAAAUGCCGUCAUGGAGGUUCAUAUAACCACUUACCAGUGGCAUGAGUUUUUUCCCCAAGCCAGAAACAACAUAGGUGUCGUAAUUGCACUUUGGGCUCCUGUUAUUCUUGUUUAUUUCAUGGAUGCACAGAUCUGGUAUGCCAUUUUCUCUACACUAUUUGGAGGUAUAUAUGGUGCAUUUCGACGACUUGGAGAGAUUCGAACAUUGGGAAUGCUCAGAUCCCGCUUCCGGUCAUUACCUGGUGCUUUUAAUGCCUGUUUGAUUCCAGAGGACAAAACUGAGCCAACUAAAAAGAAAGGACUUAAGGCCACCUUCUCCCGCAAGUUUGAAGUGAUUCCAUCAAGCAAGGAAAAAGAAGCUGCAAGGUUUGCUCAAUUGUGGAACAAAAUAAUUACAAGUUUUAGAGAGGAGGAUCUCAUAAGUAACAGGGAAAUGGAUUUGCUUCUUGUUCCAUAUUGGGCAGAUCGUGAUAUGGUGGAGCUAAUGCAAUGGCCUCCUUUUUUGCUUGCCAGCAAGAUCCCAAUAGCAGUGGAUAUGGCUAAAGACAGCAAUGGCAAGGAUAGUGAACUGAACAAGCGGAUUAGAAGUGAUGAUUACAUGUACUCUGCCGUCCGCGAGUGUUAUGCAUCAUUUCGCAACAUUGUCAAAUUUUUGGUUCAUGGUGAUCGCGAGAAACAGGUUAUUGAGCACUUGUUUAAAGAAGUUGAUGAGCAUAUAGAGAAAGAUGAUCUAUCAACUGAAUAUAGGCUGAGUGAGCUUCCAAGUCUGUACGAUCUCUUUGUUAGGCUUGUCAAAUACUUGCUAGAUAAUAAGCCAGAGGACAGGGAUCAAGUUGUUAUCCUCUUCCAAGAUAUGCUUGAAGUUGUAACCCAAGAUAUAAUGGAAAAUGAUAUAUCCAUCUUGACAGAUUCAGUUCAUGGAACGGGCCAUGAAGGAAUGGCUCCUCUUGAUCAACAGUAUCAGUUAUUUGCUUCAGCUGGUGCUAUCAAAUUCCCCACUCCUGAAUCAGAAGCAUGGAAAGAGAAGAUCAAGAGGUUGUACCUGUUGCUGACUGUGAAGGAAUCUGCUAUGGAUGUUCCAUCAAACUUGGAAGCCAGGAGGCGUAUAUCUUUCUUCUCUAAUUCCUUGUUUAUGGACAUGCCUUCGGCUCCUAAAGUCCGCAAUAUGCUCUCUUUCUCUGUUUUGACUCCGUAUUACACGGAAGAAGUUCUCUUCUCAUUGCCUGAGCUAGAAGUUCCAAAUGAAGAUGGUGUUUCUAUUCUCUUCUACCUACAGAAAAUUUUCCCAGAUGAAUGGAACAAUUUUCUGGAGCGGGUUAAGUGUACCAACGAGGAAGAACUUAGGGGCUCUGAUGAAACAGAAGAACAGCUACGUCUCUGGGCAUCAUACAGGGGUCAAACAUUGACCAGAACUGUUAGAGGAAUGAUGUAUUAUCGCAAGGCUCUAGAACUCCAAGCAUUCCUUGAUAUGGCGAAGGAUGACGCUCUAAUGGAGGGGUAUAAAGCUGUUGAGUUAAACGAGGAUCAGAUUCAAGGAGAGAGGUCACUGUGGACACAAUGCCAAGCUGUAGCUGAUAUGAAGUUUACAUAUGUGGUCUCUUGCCAGCUGUAUGGUAUACAAAAGCGAUCCGGAGAUGCUCGUGCACAAGCUAUAUUGAGACUUAUGACAACGUAUCCGUCGCUUCGAGUAGCAUAUAUUGAUGAGGUUGAAGAACCAAGUAAAGACCGAACCAAGAAAGUUAACGAUAAGGUGUACUACUCUACACUAGUGAAGGCUGCUUUGCCAAAGUCAAAUUCUUCAGAACCAGGGCAAAAUCUGGAUCAGAUCAUCUAUCGAAUAAAACUACCAGGCCCUGCUAUAUUGGGGGAAGGAAAGCCUGAAAAUCAAAAUCAUGCCAUUAUUUUCACACGUGGAGAAGGCUUACAAACAAUUGAUAUGAAUCAGGAUAAUUACAUGGAAGAAGCUCUAAAGAUGAGAAACUUGCUUCAAGAAUUUCUUAAACGGCAUGAUGUGAGGCACCCAUCUAUUCUUGGGCUGAGGGAGCAUAUUUUCACUGGAAGUGUUUCUUCUCUUGCUUGGUUUAUGUCUAAUCAAGAGACAAGUUUUGUUACUAUUGGCCAGAGAUUACUUGCAAACCCUCUCAAGGUUCGGUUUCACUAUGGUCAUCCAGAUGUUUUUGAUAGACUGUUCCACCUAACAAGAGGUGGGGUGAGCAAAGCCUCCAAGAUUAUCAACCUGAGCGAGGACAUCUUUGCCGGCUUUAAUUCUACACUCCGUGAAGGCAAUGUAACUCAUCAUGAGUACAUACAAGUCGGUAAAGGGAGGGAUGUGGGUCUUAACCAGAUUUCUCUAUUUGAGGCCAAAAUUGCUAAUGGAAAUGGGGAACAGACAUUGAGUCGUGAUCUAUACAGGCUGGGGCAUCGUUUCGACUUUUUUCGAAUGCUUUCCUGCUUUUUCACCACCAUUGGUUUCUACUCCAGUACCUUGAUUACUGUGCUCACAGUGUACGUUUUCCUAUACGGUCGCCUUUACCUUGUUCUUAGUGGCCUUGAAAAGGGCUUAAGUACACAACCAGAAAUUCGAGACAACAAGUCUGUCGAAUUUGCCCUCGCUUCUCAGUCCUUCGUUCAAAUUGGAUUCCUGAUGGCUCUUCCUAUGAUGAUGGAGAUUGGUUUGGAAAAGGGUUUCCGGACUGCGUUAAGUGAAUUCAUACUUAUGCAGCUGCAGCUCGCACCUGUGUUUUUCACCUUUUCCCUCGGGACCAAAACCCAUUAUUAUGGCCGGACACUACUUCAUGGCGGUGCAAAAUACAGGCCCACCGGACGCGGAUUCGUCGUGUUCCAUGCCAAGUUUGCCGAGAACUACCGGCUCUACUCUCGUAGCCACUUUGUCAAGGGGCUCGAGCUCAUGAUCCUGCUACUCGUCUACCAAAUAUUUGGCCAGUCCUACAGAGGUGUGGUUGCAUAUAUCUUAGUCACUGUCUCGAUGUGGUUCAUGGUCGGCACCUGGCUCUUCGCCCCCUUCCUCUUCAACCCCUCGGGCUUCGAAUGGCAAAAGAUAGUCGAUGAUUGGACCGACUGGAAUAAGUGGAUCAGUAACAGAGGAGGCAUCGGAGUUUCUCCCGAGAAAAGUUGGGAAUCUUGGUGGGAGGAGGAGCAGGAUCAUCUACGCCAUUCCGGGAAACGAGGCCUUGUUGCCGAGAUUGUUUUGGCGCUACGAUUCUUCAUUUAUCAGUAUGGUCUCGUCUAUCACUUGCACAUGACUCGGAGGACGAAAAGUGUUUUGGUAUACGGCAUAUCAUGGCUCGUCAUCUUUCUGAUACUUUUCGUCAUGAAGACAAUCUCCGUGGGUCGAAGGAAGUUUAGCGCGAACUUCCAGCUGGUCUUCCGCCUUUUCAAAGGCUUGAUCUUCGUCACGUUCGUUGCCAUCCUCGUCAUCCUUAUCGCGUUAGCUCACAUGACGCCGAGAGAUAUCUUGGUUUGCAUACUCGCCUUCAUGCCCACCGGCUGGGGUCUACUGCUGAUCGCUCAAGCGUGCAAGCCAAUCGUGCACAAAGCCGGGUUCUGGGGCUCGGUAAGAACUCUGGCGCGAGGAUACGAGAUCGUGAUGGGGCUGCUCCUCUUCACGCCGGUUGCCUUCCUCGCUUGGUUCCCAUUUGUGUCGGAGUUCCAGACGAGGAUGCUGUUCAACCAGGCCUUCAGUCGAGGCCUUCAGAUUUCUCGGAUCCUCGGCGGGCACCGGAAGGACAGAUCCUCCAGGCACAAAGAGUGAAUGAGUAGUUAAGUAAUGAGGUAAGAAGAACCAACGUCUUCUUCUCAACUGUUAUUUGAAUCAUCAUCGUCUUCAUCUUCAUCUUCCUCACUACGUAAGAUGUACUAGCUGCAGCUGUGUUUUUUAUUUUUUGGUUUUUUAUUUUAUUUUUAAUUGUCGUAUUUAUUUGGUGAGGCUGCAGCAAUUCUUUUGUAUUUAUUUUUAAUAUUCACACACUGAA